AGUGCGAAGCAAACCCUGGCAUUCGAAUGGAACUUGCCGAAAAGGCCCUCUCAUGGCAAACGCGCGUACGGCCACAGGAUCUCCGGAGAGAGGAAGUUAAGCGCACACCAAGUUUGCUCAGGAGAUAGCGGAAGGAGAAGAUUGCCGCUAGGAACGACGGCGGAAAGGCAGCAAGGGGACCAGGGGGGGAGGGGAGGCGUGAGAACCCGUUGCAGCUACGCGCAACACUAUGGCUCAGAGCAACUGGGAGGCCGACAAGAUGCUGGAUGUGUACAUAUACGACUAUCUGAUAAAGAGGAAUCUGCAAGCAUCGGCGAAAGCGUUUCUGAACGAGGGCAAAGUGUCGUCCGACCCCGUUGCGAUCGAUGCACCGGGAGGGUUUUUGUUCGAAUGGUGGUCGGUGUUUUGGGACAUCUUCAUUGCCCGCACAAAUGAGAAGCAUUCGGAGGUGGCAGCGUCGUACAUUGAGGCUAGGCAGCUUCAACAAAUUCAGCAGCAGAGCCAACAGCAGCAGGGCGGGAUCCAUCAACAGCAGAACGCUGCGACGUCACAGCAGCAGCAGCAGCAGCAGCAGCAGCAACAACAACAGCAACAACAACAGCAGGAUAGGUUGGGUCAAGUGAACGUGGACGUGUCGAAUUCGUUUCGGCAAAGUGAGCCCGUGUACGGAGGCCUGGAGCCGAGUCCGAGUACGAAUAGUACUGGCACGGGAAAACAGGGCAGGUUUGAUCGUCAUAUCAGUGCGCUGUGGAAGCUGUUGGCAAGCGCUGGCCACGAUAAGAAGGCUGUUUUGUGGAAUAUGGAUGCAUUGAAGCUGAAGAGUUCGCUGGAGGAGCACUCUCUGCUGAUAACUGACGUUCGGUUCAGCCCAGGUUCAACAAGGCUGGCAACGUCAUCUUUCGACAAAACGGUGCGGGUGUGGGACGCUGACAGUCCAACUUACUCGAUGCGGACCUUCACUGGCCAUCAAACGUCGGUGAUGUCAUUGGAUUUUCACCCGACGAACGAGGAUCUUCUGUGUUCGUGCGACGGGGACAGCGAGAUUAGGUACUGGAACGUGAGCCAGGGAGUAUGCACGCGUGUGUUCAAGGGGGGCAUGACGCAAAUGAGGUUCCAACCUCGGUAUGGGAGGUUGCUUGCAGCAGCGGCGGAGAACGUGGUAUCUAUAUUCGAUGUGGAGUCGGAAACUUGCGUGCACACGUUACAGAGACAUACGAAACCCGUGCACUCGGUGUGCUGGGACGCGAGUGGGGACUUCGUGGCGUCGGUGAGUGAGGAUUCGGUGAGGGUUUGGAACGUGGGGUCGGGCGGAGUGGAGGGCGAGUGCGUGCACGAGUUGAGCUGCAACGGGAACAAGUUCCAUUCAUGCGUGUUCCAUCCGAACUAUCCGUCGUUGCUGGUGAUCGGAUGUUAUCAGUCACUGGAGCUUUGGAACAUGGUGGAGAAGCAAAGCAUGACGGUGCCAGCGCACGAGGGUCUGAUAGCUGCGCUAGCGUCAUCAGCGGCUACUGGGAUGGUUGCGUCGGCGAGCCACGACAAGACGGUGAGGUUAUGGAAAUGAUGGGGAUGGGGAGGUGCGGUAGGAGACGGGUGCGAGGCCAGGGUGGUUGGGGAGUGGGAAGGUUGCAGCAGGGGCGCAGCGGCGGUGGCGGUGUGCAGGAGGUUUAGGAGAUGUUGCGAGGGAGGAGUGGGGUGACGUGGUUUUGAAGCGAAGGAGAAGGUGGUAUGGAGGGGGAUGGGGGUAGUGGGUAUUAGUGGGUAUGUUAGAUGGGCGUUCGGAGGACCUGAGUUGGGAGGACUCGAGGAAUUUUGGAAAGGUAGGGGACGGUGUUAGACGAGGAGGCGGAAUUUUGAAGAGGCGUAUGGGGUUAGAAGAUGGGUAGCUGGCGAGGACGGCAGAGCGGAGUAGGUAAAGGAUUUUUGGCAGGACGGGCUGAAGCGGAAAGAUUGAGGCGAGCAGCUCCUGCAAACAGCAGCGAAAGUUUGUAGAAAGUAUGUGAAAUUUGGAAUUGGGACGUGAGUUUGUGGAAAUUCGUGUGAUGCUCGUUUUACGUGCGUUGUUUGCGCCGUGCAGCUCAUGUUAGUGAACAUAUUGAACUGCGUUUGUUCAGAAGAGGGUACUGUAUUAGUUUGUGGAUUUGCUUUCGACAUGACCGUUUGUGAUGUUAUCAUGGGUUUCUCUGCUGGAGUUGUACGGCGAGUUUAAUGUGAACAUCAUGCAGCAAUUGUAUGCGUGGAUUCA